UGCAGAAUAUAAUAUAUAAUCAUAUUAUAUUUAAGUAUAAUUAAAAGUUUUGUUAAUUAUUAUAAAUAUGACAAGUAUUUGUACAGUUACUAAGUAAUAUUUCAAUUCUAUUAGUUACAAGUAUCAUUGAGAAUUAUGAUAAUGAUAAUGAUGAUGAUGAUGUCACAAGUUAUACAUCAUCGAAUCAUUCAUCCGAAACAAAAUUAAUCAAAUCAUCACAACAUAGAACAAAGUCACGUAGAUCAAUUAGCGCUGAUACAAGAAGUGAUAUGAAUGAUCAUAAAAGUAAUCGAUCAAAACAAUCAGUAAUGAAUAAUAACAAUCAAAUAUCAUCAUUAAUGAAUAGACGACAAUAUAUUGUUAAGCCAAUAGUUGGCACAAAUAACAUUAGGAAUUAUUAUCAAAAUGAUUAUUAUUCAUAUUCGGAUAGUUAUGAAAAUGAUCAUAAUGGUAUAAUGAAUGAUAAACUAAUGGGUAAAAAACGUCUUAUCACUACAUUACAACAUGCUAAUCAAACAGAUAAUUUUGUGCCAAAAUCUCAAGAAGAUAAUUUUCCAGAUAGAUCAUUUUCUAUUAUAAAUGAAAAGAAUCAGUUGAAUAAUUCAAAUGGGUUGAUUUCAUCAGAUCAAGAGAACGGUAAGAGGAUGCUGCUGCUGCUGCUGAUGGUAAUGAUGAUGAUGUAAUCAAUGUGACUAACUUUCAUUCACUUUCUAUUAUUCCCUUUUCUGUUGUGAUGAUUACAAUUAUAAUAUUAUGUAAUAAAAAACAAUUACGUAAUAAUUUAAUUUGUAUUUAAUUCAUAUUCAAUUAAUUUAUAUCUUAACCAUAUAAAUAUAAUAAGAACUGGUAUAUUUAAUAUUAC